AUGAAGUUCACUCUCUUCGCCACCACCCUCCUCACCGCGACUCUCGCCUCCGCAUCUCUCGACAAGAGAUAUGUCGUCGCCGCCCCAGGCCCAACCCAGGGUGCUGCCGUCGAGAGCUGCAACCGCUGGGACUACAUCGCCUCGGGUAUGACCUGCUACGACAUCUUCACCAAGUACGGCAUCACUCUCGCCCAGCUCACCUCCUACAACCCCUUCUUGACCGCCGACUGUACAAACAUGUGGGCCAACUACUGGAUUUGCUCUGGUGUCGCGGCGACUUCGGCUGGACCUACUUCGGCCGCAACAUCGGCCGCAACAUCGGCCGCUCCAGUCACUAGUGUAGCGACUGGUUGUGUGGCGUCCACCGCGACGGUCACGGUCACAGUGAAAUCUUAG